AUGCUCGGGCAAGACCAGUCCUGUGAUGCUCGCGCAAGGAUGAAGUGGGCGGCAAUCUCAGCUGGACUCCUCCAAGUCACCAAUGUGCAAGGCUAUGUCGUCUAUUUGGCGACAAGUGCUACUGGUGCGAACCGCAUCUGGGUCAGCUACACAACUGCAAGUGCUUCGCAGAAUGGGACAGAAGUUGAAGACGUGAAUGCCAGCAACGACACGGCAGUAGAUUCCGACGAAGAUGACUCUGACACCAUCCUCUACAACACUUUGACUGAUGUCGGUACUAAUGUGGUCACCAUCCCAGAAGGUACGUCUGGACGACCUUUCUACACUCAUUUCUUGGUCUACACGAAGUCGGUCCUCGUGGAGCAGUCGACCCCGGUCUUCUUGACGUUAGAGGAGGCCUCUCUUCGCUUCGUUGUUCCUAGCUUGAGCUUCCUGGACCUUGACCUGGAUGAGGAGGAGUUGGGAGGCCAGUUGGUUUGGCAGCGCCCGCCAGUUCUGGGAGAGAUUGCGACGUAUGAGAUUUACCUGGGCUUCCUGGACGAGCAGAACCACAGCUCCAACAAGAGCUUGUUGGUCUCCAUUCCCAGUGACCGGGUGGAGUACGAUGUUCCCCCGAACACCCCGGCCAAUGAGACGACACAUCUGCUCAUCCACACGGCAUCAGAGACCGUGGAGCACCGCACGCCGGCCUUUUUUGAGUUUUUCGACGCGAUUGCCAGUGCGACAGGAUUAACCUUCACGGAUCUUGACCUCGAUGUCAACGAGCUCGGAGGAGUCUUGAGUUGGGUUCCCCCACCGGUGAAGGAUCAGGUGGAUGUCUACCAGCUCUUCUUCAGCGAAGAUGCUGAUGGCAAUGGCCGCUCGCAGUUUGGCUUCGACAUCAUGCGAGGUGCAACAGCUCUCGAAGUCGCUUCGCAGACGCCAUUGAACGGAUACACCCAUUUCGUCCUCUACACCAAGUCAAGCUUGGUGCGGCAGUCAACUCCGGCGGCGUUGCUGCUCAGUGACACCAUCGCCAGUGUGGCCAACAUCUCCUUUCCAGAUGAGGACUUAGACGCUUUGGAGAUCGGUGGCUUCAUUUCCUGGGACAACCCGAAGGAGACGACCUAUGUCACAGAGUACAUGCAGCGUGGGAGCACAAAGUUAAAGUGUGGAGUCGGACAUGGGGCAGUUCAGGGGAUGCGGUUGCAUCGCUCGGGCCUGAGCACGCGAGCUGCAGACCCUCUAAAGCUUCAGCCGCCUUCACGUCAGGAACGCAAGAUGUAG